UGCAUGCAUAUUUGGUUCAUGGAAGCUAAAGCCAACAUGGAGAGAUCAAACCCCAAAUCUGCAUUCAAGACAAAAGAGCAGGUGAGAGACAAAAAUUCCAAAAUUACACCAAAGCCUCCGGCCAAGGAAAAUACAAGGCCACAAGAAUUUAAGCUUCACACUGGACAAAGAGCUGUUAAGCGUGCCAUGUUCAAUUAUUCCGUGGCUACUAAGUUCUAUCUAUCGGAGGUACAGAAGAGACAAGUGGAGAAAGUGCAAAAGAUGAUCGAGGACGAAGAGAUCCGUUCACUAAGGAAGGAGAUGGUUCCAAAAGCGCAACUCAUGCCUUUUUUCGACAGGCCCUUCUUCCCUCAAAGAUCGAACCGGCCUUUAACGAUCCCGAGAGAGCCAAGUUUCCGGUCGGUGAAUUCGAAAUGCUGGAGCUGCAUCUCCGAGAACGAGCUCUACUAUUUCCAGCAUGCUCACGCUUGGAACCCCAUCAAAUGAAUCACUGUCUGAACCUAAUUGACAGUGAACGCCAAUGGGAUUGAUGGCCUACGAGCAUGCAUGCGUGGUGAUCAAUAUGUGCAAUAUCAAUGUAGGAUGUUCCGUUUUAUGUCACGUUUAUCACAUCUCUUUUGUCAUUGUCUUUGUGUUUUGUCUGUUUAGACAGUGUGAGUAGCUCUAUAGAUAUAUGUAGCCAGAAAAUCCUUCCCCUAGGGUUCAUCGUGUAGUGUCGAAUAAAGACGGAUUGUAUUUUA